AUGUGGAGCGAUUUGGUUCUACAGGCUGCAAUAUUUGUGAUCUUGGCGUUGAUGUUCCUCUUCUCACAAAGCAUCCCCCAAAAGCUCUUGACGAAGCUGCGCCUCUUCCGCCGCCGUUCCCAACUCCAAGCGAAGCGCCACUUCGUCCUCGCGGCCCAGCUCCUUUCGGAGGCCACCUCCGCCGACGGCGCCCGCCGCGCCGAGGCCGAGGCCGAUCAAGCCAUCGCCCUCGACCCUACCGACGCCGCCUCCCACAUCCUCAAGGCGCUGGCCCUCGAGCGCCAGGGCUUCAGGACCUCCGCUCUCGCUUCGCUCGACGCCGCGCUCUCGCCGCUCGCCGUCGGGACCCUCAGCCACACCGAGAAGACGGACGCGCUGCUCAAGCGGGCCCAGCUGCAGGCCGCCGGAGCCUAA